GAAUAACUUCAAUAACACGGCAUGAACGUACAGUACUGAAUGAACUGGUUGUCGAUACUUUUUCCGUUUCAUUAGUAAUUAAACAACAAUGUCUUCAGUUGAGUCUUUGAGAGAGUUUGUCAAAGAGAGACUAACUGCUGCUGCUGAAGAAAUAUUCAGAGUUUUUGAAGAAAGUAUCGUGAAGUACGAGGAAGAGAUCAGUCGCCAGCGCAGACUGCUGGACAUCGUUGGGAAACCUGAAGUAAAGUUACUCGGGGCAGAGCUCCCACAGCAACAUGUCUGUAAGCAGGAGGAGGUGCUCGCUGACCAGCAGCUCUGUAUUCAGGAGAGGACUUCCAGUCUGGACCAAGAGGACCCAGAGCCUCCACAGAUUAAAGAGGAAGAGGAGGAACUCUGCAUCAGUCAGGAGGGAGAGCAACUUGAACUGAAGGAGGAGGCUGAUACCUUUAUGUUGACUCCUACUCAUGAGGAAAGUGACCACGGUGAAGAUCAGACUCUGGACUCAAAUCCCGAUGAAACUCUAAGUGCAGAAGAGAAGGAGUGUGUAGCCAACAUGCCAGUUAUAAACUCUGUGGUAUCAGAAGCACACAGUGACCACCAGGUCCUCUCUCACAACUCUCAUGUAGCUGACAGCAAAGAGCAGAAAGGAGGCAAGCAUGGAGACUUGGGAUUAGCUAAAGACGCAGAGACAAAACUAAAGAGAAGAUGUCACAAAAUCAGAAGUCACAGUAACGAUGUUAGCAACUCUAACUUGUCAGAGAUUGACCGUAAUACUCACACACCUAAACGGUCUUCUGAAUGUGACAAAUGUGGAAAAGAUUUCAAGUAUAAGUCACAACUGCAGAAACACAUGAGAACACACACAGGUGAAAAACCAUAUUCUUGCAAAACAUGUGGCAAAGACUUCACGUGUAGCAGUGUCCUGAGUGUCCACAUGAGGAUCCACACAGGGGAGCGGCCAUACCUUUGCACGACCUGCGGGAAAAGAUUCCGUGGCAAAUCGGUAUUGAAUAAUCACAUGAGAACCCACACGGGUGAAAAACCAUACGCUUGCAACACAUGCGGCAAAAUAUUCCGUCAGACAUCCUCACUGAACAUUCAUCUAAGAACCCACACGGGCGAGAAGCCGUACUCAUGCAAAACAUGUGGGAAAGCUUUCAAAUGUAGCAGCAACUUAAAUGUCCACAUGAGAACCCACACGGGUGUGAAGCCGUACGUCUGCAAGACAUGUGACAGAGGAUUCUGUGACAUUUCAGGAUUGAUAAGGCAUAUGACAAUCCACACAGGCGAGAAACCACAUACUUGCAAAACAUGUGGGAGAGGUUUCACAGCUAGUCGUGACCUGACGAUCCACAUUAGGAGAGACCACACGGAGCUCCCACAGCAACAUGCCUCUAUGGAGGAGGAGGAGGAGGAGGAGGCUCUUGCUGACCAGCAGCUCUGUAUUCAAGAUGGGAACUCCAGUCUGGACCAAGAGGACCCAGAGCUUUCACAGAUUAAAGACGAAGAGGAUGACCUCUGCGCCAAUCAGGAGGAAGAGCCACUUGUGCUGAAUCACGAGACUGAUACCUUUAUGAUGACUCCCAAUUAUGAGGACAGUGACAACAGUGACGAUCAGUCACCGUACUUAGAUAUCGAUGAAGCUCAAAGUGUGGGGGAGGAAAACCAUUUAAGCUACAUUUCAGUUAUAAGCUCUGUGGGAUCCGAACCAAACAGUGACUACCAGCUCCUCUCGCACAGCUCUCGUGUAGCUGAGAGCCAGUAUUUGAGAGGAGGCAAGCACGGAGGCUCAGGAUCCACUAGAAAUACCGGGUUAGAACCACACAAGAGAGAUCACAAAAGCAGAAGUCACAGUUACAGUAUAGACAAACCUAAGUUGUCAGGGUUUCACUAUAAUGCUCACAAAGGUAAACAGUGUUUCACAUGUGACACGUGUGGAAAAGAAUUUAAGUGUAAGUCGUCACUGGAAAGACACCUGACCAUCCACACAGGUGAGAAGCCGUAUUGUUGCAAAAUAUGUGGGAAAGAUUUCAGACUUAGCAGUGUCUUGAAAGUCCACAUGAGAACCCACACAGGCGAGAAGCCGUACCUUUGCAAGAUCUGCGGGAAACGAUUCAGUCAGACAUCAACACUAAACGUUCACAGAAGAAUCCACACGGGUGAGAAGCCGUAUUUUUGUAGAAUAUGCGGGAAAGAUUUCAGACGUAACGAUGAUUUGAUAGUGCACAUGAGAACCCACACAGGUGAGAAGCCGUAUUCUUGCAAAGUGUGUGGAAGGGAUUUCGGACGCAAGAGUAACUUGUUGGUCCACAUGAGACGAGCCCAUGCUAAUGAGAAGCACUUGGAAGACCUGUGGGAAACUAUAUAUUGAUAUGUCUCAUGUGGCAAAGCAUGCAUACACACGAGUAGCCUUGUAUUUGCAAAAUAUGCGGGAAACUAUUCAGUUCUAGUGGUUCAUGUAAACAAAAAAACAUAAUUGCAGCACUUGUGGGAAAAGUUUUACUCAAAUCACACUCGUGAAAAAACACCUGGGAUCAAUAUACAGAGGAGAAAAUAUCAAGCGGAAGCUUUUGUGGAUACGAGUUCACCAACCGAAUGAAAUCCACAUUUACAGUAGCUACAGUUCUCUUACUGAAUGUACAAUAUUAAAGUAAGGAUGAUAUGUCGAUAUGUUAAUGUAAAGUUUUCCUUUGUAUGACUCUGUAUUACUUAUUAUUUUGUUUGCAAUAUUAUGUCUAAAGCAAUCAUAAUCUCCCAAAUCAAGGACAAAUGUGAGUUUACAGUGAGUUCACUGCAGUGGAUGUUAAAAUAAUGGUGUGAUCAUGAUGGAUGUUGGUUGUGCCAAAUGUUGAUUUCUGAAGUUUCUCAAUCACUUUAAUUUAAUAUGUUUAAUAAGUACUUAAGAACCAUGUGUUCUAUAUGUGGAUCUGUAUGAAGCCUCCUGCACAUCUUUAUCUGAAGUGGAUUUUACAUUUAAGAGUGACUGACCAUUGUUGUUUUUAUGAUAUGUAAGAAGUCCAAUAAAUACAAACAUGCCUUCUU